CUCCAGCAUCAAUUUUCUCGGCCGAUCACUUCCUUGCAUUUUCUCGGUGAUUUUCCCUUCAUCAAACACUCCCCAAUCCCCUGCUCCUCGUCUCUAAAUCCUUGCGAUUGCUUAAGAUUCUGUCUCUCCUCUAACCGAUCUCUCUCUGUCUCUCACUCUUUCAGUGUUGCAGUGGCAUCUUUGAGUUAGUGGUUGUGCGUUGUUUAUGUGCAUAGAUGCCUGUUGCAAAACUCAAGGCUUCCAGUUCGGCAGAUGUAAUGAAAUCAGAGGAGCCAAAUGAUUCUUUAUACACUUUCACCAGACAAACAAUUGGAAAAGAGCCUCUCCUUUCAUUUUCUAGGGCUGGAGACAGCUCGGUUCAAUGGAUCCAGUUGCUGCAUGCUUUAGAUCAACAAGAAAUCCCUGGCUGGCCUUUACUUACCCCUCUGAAGGUGCAGAUGCAAAAGUGUGACAAGUGUUUGCUAGAAUUUUGCUCACCCAUUAACUAUAGAAGGCAUAUACGUGUGCAUCAUAGGUUGAAAAAACUGGAUAAGGAUUCUGCUAAAAAUAGGGACCUACUAGCGGCAUUUUGGGACAAGCUGUCAGAGGAUGAGGCAAAGGAAGUUAUAUCAUUCAAGGAUGUGGCAUUGGAGGAAGUUCCAGGAUCAUCAAUCAUAAAAUCAUUGACAGCACUUGUAAAGAAAUCAAAGCUUGCUGUGCCACAAGUUUGCUUGAGGGCAGGAUCUGCUCUUCUGGACCUUGUCCAAGCUAGACCUCCAAGGUUUCCAAUAUCUUCCCGAGAAUUAUUUAGUAUCCUUGAUGAUGCAAGUGAAAGGACUUUCCUUUGUGGUGCAGCAAUGUCGAUGCAAAAAUAUAUUUUUGAUGGGGAAGCAGGAAAGAUUGGUCUUGAAACAAAGAACCUGGUUGCUUGUACCAGCUUCCUGGUAGAACAGAAAUUGGUUAAAGCAUGGCUUACAGAUAAAGAUGCUGAAGCUUUGAGGUGCCAGAAGUUGCUAGUGGAAGAGGAAGAAGCUGCCCAAAAGAGGCAAGUUGAGCUUCUUGAGAGAAAAAGACAGAAAAAACUUAGGCUGAAGGAGCAGAAAGCAAAAGAACAAAAACCCUGGGAGAGGGAAGAAGGUAAGCAGAACAUGGACAAUUCGUUGGAGGUUAAUACUUGCGGUGAAACAUCCUGCUCUUCUGCUGUUUUUGACAUGGAUGGACAAAAUGCAGUCAUAUCAACAGAUCAAGUUCUUCCAUCCCUAGAACCAAUUCCUUUCCCCAAUCCUGAGGAGGGUGUAGAUUACAUAACUCAGAUGGGGUUUAACAACAGAUAUUGUGAUCCAGGGACUAGUCAGAAUGUUGAAAGACAUGUGGAGCAAGUGGAUGGAUGUCAACAUACAGUUGUUUCUCGAUGGCAGACCCCAGUGAAAUCACAACGUGUGGUGCUUAAUGGCUUCCAUGCUAAUCAUAAUUCUCAUGGAUUUAAGUCUGGAGGCAUGAAUAAACAUGGAACAAACAGGGAAAGGACUGCUGCAAUGGGUAAUAGUAAUAAAAUGUGGAGCCGAAAACCUAAAGCAAUUAGUGAUGGGGAGAAUUUGAAAAUUAGAGCAGAGAAACAAGUUUCAAAUCAACUAGUUCAGAGUAAGAGCCCAGAGCUUAUAAUCGGCUCUAUAUCUGUCCCACUUGGAAAAAAUCUAGCUGAAGACCAUGACAUGUGCCAUGUAGAGUUUCAAACACCAAAGAGGAACAAUGUUCAGGAGAGGUUCAGCAAACACGAUCAUGUGCAGGGUGUUACAAACCGAUCAACCAUUAAGUUUUGGAGGCCAGUGAGUCGACAAGAAAGAAAAAGUUCACUGCCAGUCCAAAAUGGUAUUAGAGAAUUUGAGGUGGAAGUGACUGCUGAAAAUUCAUUCCAGAUCUCAUCCUCCAGUGAAAGCUGUCUAAGGCCAUCUGCGGUAGAUGGUAGUGAUGAUAUACUAAGAAUGAAUCUUACUUCAACACUCGAGGAGAGCGUGCAACCAGGAAGCUUGCAGUUUGACGGCAAUGCUGCCAAGGCCUUUCUUGCCGGGAGAUGGAAGAAUGCUAUUGCAGGCGAACACGUGACAUUGGUUCUAUCCUCGAACCAUGAGCCUCCAGGGUGCACAGAGGUUGAAGUCGAUUCGUCUGAGAAGUGUAUGGUUAAGGCAGAGGCUUGUGAGGCUUCUACCGUCGGGGCUGCCAUAGGCAAGUACAGAAUAAAGCCUGAAAAAGGUGCAAAAACAAAGUACAUUCCGAAACAAAGGCCAGCAACCUAAGAGGGGCGAUGGGAAUGUUUACUGUCGAGAUAUGAACAUAGUAGCAGGUCAUCAUUAUAUAUAUAUAUAUAUAUUGCAGAGGCUCCAGUUUUACCAACGGUCUUCCGUCGGAAAAUUGAGGGAAAGUAACAGGUUUUGCCGGUAAAUGUUUUAUGAUACCGUCCUGGUUUCUUAGGAUGAAAAAGCAGUUGCAGUUUGUUUUGCUAUUUUCUUUUUCUUAUUUGGUUUAAUUGUAAUAAAUUGGGGGCCAUGCUAUUGGAAAGGUCUUUUUUUGGGGGUUAAAGUGGAAGUUGCUUUCCUUUUACAUGUAUGCCUCCUGCAAGGCAAGCCAAGAGGAGGGGGUAACUUGAGCUUUUUAACAUUUGGGUCCUUGCAU